AGAAUUCUACCAACUGUGGCAACCGUGGUUCAGUCUUCACAGGUUCGUUUCACAGUGUUGUGUUACAGUGUUGUUCCAAACAUCGUCGCGUGCGGUUGUGGUGUCGCGUGAUAUUGUUUCUCAUCCCCCGCAAAGCCCCAAUUUACACAGUCUCAUGAAGGGGAGAACCUCAAAAUUCUUCAGUUUAAAUGUGUUUAAGUUCGCCGCAAGAAAAGCUAUUUAAUGACCACAAAAAAAGAAGAAGAAAUGAAACGUGAAGUGUAAGAAAGAAUUUGCAAGAAAAGAAUAAAUGUGCAAAAGAAGAAACCAAGUGAUUUGCUUGCAAUUUGAUGUAAGGUCCUUAUUAAAUUACCCGUGUUUCGUGUGCUCUUGUCGCGCUAUUUCACCCAAUAAAUAAAUGGCAAAUGCCCUCAGGUCAUACACAUUGGAUUAACGAACGCGGAGAAGAGCUGGGUGUUUGACAACAACAGCAAUAACAGCAAACUCAAACCAGAAACGAAAGGUGAAAAAGCAGACAAACAAUUUCAGCUGUAACCUAACAAAAGCUGGGUGAACAAUCUCUUGUGAUAUAGUCGGAAAAGUAGGAAAACUUCGAUUUUAUACUGACACAACAGUUAUAAGAAACCGUUUAUGUUUCAAGUGAUAUGUAAAUUUUCGCGCUUUGAAGAAAAAACAGCCACAAAAAAAAAAAAAAAAAAAAAAAAACAAAAAUAAAAACCGCUUUUGUAAAUAGUGAAAAUAGAAUGAUGUGAAAACCUAUUACGAAGAAGGCGAAAGUCGAAUGUAUAUAUUUUUUUAAAUGAAAUCCUCAAAAUAUCUGUGAAAAUAUAGAAAACUUAAGUGAAACCCAAACAAAUCAAUCGCCAUGUGAGUGCUGACGAAAUGAAUGUUCAAAAAUCGCAUUUUAUGGCAGCUGAGAACAUUGAAGUUAGGCACAAAUUCAUUGAACCAUUUCCACACACCCUCAACUGUUUCAUUUAUUUUGGAAAAUAAAAGUAUCCAUUACAGGACGCUUAAAGAUGCUUUCUCUGGAUAUCCCUCGUGCUAUUCAGGAUUAAUGAUUGGGGCAAAACAUCACGUCAAACAAAUAUCGUCCAAAUAUAUGAGGAACACCAAAAAAAGACACAUCAGCGUUUCACCCAUUAUCAGCUCUCCCCAUCAGUGUAUUUCUUGAUUCUCGCCCUCAUAUUGUUCACAACUCAGCACGCCACAGCCAUUCGUUUUGCAAAGGCAGUAAGCAGUCACUCACAUAACUUGGAGCUAAGUAAACCUGAAUUUCCACUAGCUCAUUACAGAUCAAGAAACGCGCGCGUUCUUAGCACACAACUCAACGACGGCGACUGAGCACAAAAAAAAGGGAAAAAAACAACCAACAAUACAUAAUUUCUUCAGAAGUCAGUGAAUUUUAAAAUUAAUUAUUCUGUAGAUAUAGAAAUGCCUUGGCCAAUAUUGAAAAUAAGCAAUUUUACCAAAAUAAAAUGAAAAAGCAAGAACCAAGAAUUAAUUAAGAAGAAAAUACGUUAACAACAUCUGUGAUCUCAUUUCGUAUAACAAUACAAACAAAGCAAUAGAAGGGAAGGAAGAAGUAAAGUACCAGCAGCAACUGUCGCAGAAGCGAGGAAAAUGACUGAUUUCUUGAAAUUGGCAGAAAUGCAGCGCACCAAUGUCGAAAUUGAACGUCAACGACAUUUGACAAAUUGGUUAAUAAAAAGCAGUCCCCACAUGGCAACACCACAAACGGCGGUAUCCAGCAAUUCCUCCCCAACAACAGCAAUAACGGCCACAGCGCCAUCCAGCGGAGCCGCAGCAGUAGCUUCAACAAGUGCGCCAGUUCCAAGCAAUCUAAAUAGCUCGGGACAUGUUACAACAACGACUAAUUCCUUAUAUCCAGCACCUGCACAUUUCAACUCAAAACAUGGCAGUUCUGGAUGUGUAAAUCCAACAAACAAUUCUGCGGCAAAUCCUGUAUUCUAUUUAAUGGCUAAUAAUUGUAAUAAUGGGACUGUAAGCGGAGGCAGUAGUGCCGUUGGUCUCAUCAACCAUCCAUCGAACAUGGGUAGCAACGGCAAGUACCCGAACGCUUCUAACCACCACCCACCUUCUACACAUCAUGGUUUGCACCAUUUGGUCGAAGGAAGAAAGCCGAAACUUAGACGUUUUAACUCUCAUGAUACAAGUUCUAAUAUGUUUUCGGUAGCUGAUUUCGAAAACGCUCGUUUAGCAAGACGCAAUGAAAUUGAACUGAAGCAACGUUUACAAAGACGAUUGCGAAAUGGAUUUGCUGGCAGCGGAGUAAGUUUGUCUACAAGUGGCACAAGUAGCGGCCAGGGAUUAAAUAAUGCUAACGUGGGCACUGACUAUUCUACGGGUGAUAGUAAGGCUUCCAAAAAUAGUACCGAUUCCCAAAGCGAUCCCCUACCGGUCGAAGAAUUCCUUGAACGUUAUUCACUACCUCGAGUGGUGCGGAUUUCAUACAAAACACCAUUUUCUAACGAAACUCUCCAGUCGUCCUCAUCCAAUAACUCCUCUACCAUAACAUCUACUUCGUCCGCUAGUUGUGAAGGGGACAAAGUCAUUCAGCCAAGCAAAACCGCACACGAUAUGACCAAUUGUAAUACAGGGACUUCCUCUUCAACAUCUUCAGGUGCUGGUCAUAACGACCACGUGACACAGACCUUGGAUAGCAACAGUAGUAGUGAUACGAGUGUCAUGAAAAUGGCGGCAAAUGAAUCAAGUGCUACAAUUGGUGGCAAUAACAAUCAACGUGCAAAUGACGAGGAGCAGGGAGAACUGUUUCUGCUAUAUCGACUGGUUCGUCAGCGAAAUAUUUAUCACGGGCACAACGCAAAAUCAGCGACUACGAGUCGAAAGAAAGGUGUUAUGAUUCCCCAGGAAUUUCCCGGUUAUUUCUCCAUGUUGAAUGAUAAAGGAGUUCCAACAGCAACUUUGUAUACUUCCCUUGUGCAAUUGGUAAGGGAACGCGUUUGCAAAUUUGUUUCGGUCGAGAAUAUGGCUGCAUUUAUGGAUUCCCAGCCGAAUGGCAGCAGUGCUAACUCGCCCACCGAAGGAUGCUUGCAUAUUUAUUCAUCGAAUACCAAUAACGCUCACAACAGGUCGCAUUACGUGAAGACAACGGCUCGAGGGGGUCAAGUUUUCAAAUUAUUGGCUGUAUAUGAAGACGGAAAACAAGACACACACAAUUCACUAACACCAACAAUAUCUUGCGGUGGCCUAGGUGCCUCGAAACAAAUGUCAUAUCACGGUCGCGAAAAGGAGCGCAAUCGCUAUGCUCAAUUGUUGAAUGAACAAAGGCAAACGCUUUACGUCUCAUUGGCUACUAAAGGAAAAUUUUAUGAAAUCGAACCUGGAAUACCUCAAAUCUUACAAAAACGCCUGGACAUGACCGGAGAUAACACACAAAGAAAACUCAAUACGGAUUGCGUGCAUCGGAUCACGGCCCUGGUAACGCCAAAUAGAGAGCUGCCCGUGACUUUGAAAUACAUUUCUGGGCCAAGUGGGUGUAGUAGUGCAAUUCCUGACAAUAUUUGCAUUAGCCGCAUUAGUACGGAAAACAUAAUAAUUGCAUGUCCCAUUGAGGAUGUUGAAAUGCAAAGUCCCCUGCAUUUGCGCAAACUUCAUUUGACAAAAGAAAUGAAUUUGGUGAAAAAUACUCUGGGCUUCGAAAACGAGCACCGCAUGUUUUCGAAUCCCAAUGUUCAGAAUAUUUUAAAAUUUUGUCAAUUUAACUGUGAUCAAUUCUUGAAAAUGGUAGAAGUGGAGAUUUUGCAAAGGUCUGAAAGAUCCGCGUCCAAAUCCCGUGUGGAGGGUUUAAAAAUUUUAAAGCCGCUACACUUCCCAAAACUGCUAAGGAGGGAAAAGACAACAAUUCCGGCUCAUGAAAAGGAAGACUCUAUAAUUUUCCUAAGUAAAUCCGACUUGGCAAAUAUGGAGAGUAAAGAGCAUCCUUUUGAUGAUCAGGCAAACCGUAUUACAGAAAAAAUGAAGGUUUUCCAAUCUACCAAAAAGAAAUGGUUCCGGAAACAGGAAAAAAAUCACGAAAAGUCCUUAACAUCCAGCGAUAUUGAUGCACACGCAAAGAAAAUGAGUAUGGAGAGAUAUUCGGACAUGUCGAAACUCCUGCAAGAAAGGUUCGGUCACAAAUCGAAUGAGCAAGAAUGCAUCUCGGAGCCCAGUGGGUGCCAGUCGGAUGUCGGGUGUUCUGACACCGAGACAACCACAUUGACCACAAUCGAUGAGCGAUUUAAGAAGUUCAGCUGUACGAAAUCAAAUGAACCAAACACUUUACAGAAAUCGUUAUCUCUGCAGGACAUAGAACUCAUUGGCAGAAAAUACCGAAAGCCUGACGUCUUGACGUCACAUAAUACGACUGACACCAUAUCAGAGUCUGGGACAGAUAUAGAGGAUAUGGAAAAUCGGGAACCGGCGCAAAGUUCAUUUAUAACUGAAAAGCUUUACCACGAAUUCCACGUGAAGACCAAGCAAUACAGUAAAUCCUCAUCAAAUCUGCACCAGUUGUUAAACUUCUCUCUGCCUCAAAAGCUACAAAUAGGAGAAAAUAAGAAAUCUUUAGCCCAGUUGAAAACCCAAGUCGCCAAUAGAAGUGGCGAAAAGCGGUUAGAUUUUAGUAUCGGAGAACCUAUCACGGGACGAAGAGCUGCAGGCGGUUUGUCGCUGCUGGUACAGAACUCCAGCAACGUUCACAACACAUCACUAACUACACCACUGACCCCCAUUCACCUGAUGGAAGAUGACUUGCCCUAUUCCAGUGUAAGAGAUUCCUUGAUAUUGUCCAGUGAUGAAGGCAGUCCGCCAGAUGUACCUACGGGCACCAUGUGCCAAGCUUUACACUUAAUAGAUUACGCAAAGGAAAAUAUUUAUGCUGAAAUUUGUCAUGAAGCCAGUGCUAUUGGUGACAUACCCUUUUCUCAAACCCGCGAUACGUUUUCCGGGAUAACACAUUCCACACAGAUCUCAGACGAUUUUGGGGAUUAUGCCUCCCUCACAUACCCACAGCCUUCUACCGCCAACGUCCUUGGAAAUGCCAUUAGCCGCGUGCAGAUUACUUGUUCAGAGAGUCCCAUAAGUUACCACACAGUCUACUUGGGCGAAGAACGCUUGGGAGAACCACGGCAGCCAGAAAAAGACAGGGACAAGCCAAGAUCUCAUAGUUCACAUGAUCGCUCCCACAUAACUACGGUCGAUGUUGUAAACAAUGGCGGUAACAGUGUACUAUCAAGGUCUCCUAACGCCCACAAUGAAAGCCUGUCUGAGUCAGGUGUAAUAGACAAUAUAUACAAUACGCUCAAAUGAUGACUAAUGUGAUUUAGUUGGAAAUUGGGGACAUCGGUUUUGAGUGUUUUAAGUGGAAACCUUUUCUGAUAUCCUUUUCAGUUCAGAACAUUUCUAAUAGCUGUGAAUAUAUAAUUUAAGGCUCAAAAGUUAAUAUCACAUUGAUCGAAUCACGGGUAUGAUAAAAUGUAAUUCAAUAUUGUCUCUUUGAGAGCAGAAUUGCAUCCAAAUGUCGAUAUUAACAUCAGUCAUUGUAUCGUAUGUUUGAAUGGAAUACAUCAUUUGCAAACAAGUAUUCGUGCCUAGAUUUCUCUUCCAGAGAAACAUUUCUGCUGCAUGUCUCCAAUUUUGAAAACUCAUCCCUCUGCGGGUAAUAUAAAUUUUAUUUACUAAAAACAAAAGACAAAUCUGAAAUUUUGAAACUGUGAAAAACGAAAGUAUUUUUGUAUUUUAUAUACCGAAAUAAAUAAGGAAGAAUUUAAUAUAUAUGAAGAAAUAGCAAGUGUGAAUAGUCUUUGUGCGGCCUUGUUUUUACUGAAAACAAAAAGGAGGCCAUAGAUCACGAUCGAAACGUAUCUCCUUCACACACUCACUGUGAAUUUCUUUGUAUAGACAUAUAUAUUUAUUAUUUUUGAAUUAGUUUGGAUUUUUCCAAUUGUAAUAAAAUAGUCUAUGAAUUUAUAAUUUUGUAAAUUGUGUCUUUCAAUGCAGACGAAAUAAGUAGAAAUGACAACUCAAUGCUAAAAUAAUGUUGCAAAUCUAAUAUAGAUUAUUUUAAGUAAAAAUAUACACACACAAAUUUACAUACGAAGAGGUAUGAACAGAUGAAAACGAAACCCAAUUGUAUUAUAAUGUAAAAUGUAAUUGUUACUCUUAGCCACGUACCCAUAUAAACUAAAGACGGAAACCAGUUAACAGUGCUAAGCAAGUCUAGCUAAUGUCGAAAUAAAUAUAUAAGAAGUCAUUUUAGAAACACGUCAUCAUUAUAGUGGUAUUAUUAGCUUUUAGUUUUAUUUUUUUAAAUCAUCAGCAUCAGAAUCCCUCAAUUCCCGAUGGUAUUUAGCAAUGAUGAGAAACUCAAAAAGUAUUUAACACAAGAAAAGCAUCUUGUCUUUAUUUUAUUUCAGACUCCCUUAGAAAUAACUUGUAUAUACAAUCCACUCAAAGCAUAUAUAUAUAUUGUUGUAUAUUUUUUCUUAAAUAAUAAAGUAUCUAAAAUGUAAGAUAAUAGUUUGUAGAUUGUAAACAUUAAUUAGAGCAUAUUUAAUAUUUUAAUGUUAAAUACAUUUCUAAUAGUUUAUAUUUAAAAUCUAAACUCUGUCACAGAAUUCUCAUUUACUUUAUGAAAACAACAACACUGUAAGAUUAUAUUUUCUGUUUUAUUUUUAAUAGAAAAUUUUGUUUAAAUUUUAACCUUUUGAUUUCGGUUGUUUUAUUUUAAUUGCAUUCGAAAAAUGUAUUAAAUGUUACAGCGUAACGUGUAUAUCCUCCAGUAGAACUAGUUUUUCUGGAACUCGUUUCAUGAUGGUUUCCAUAUUCUACACACAGAACAGACUUUAUGUUAAACAAAGGACUGGCAUUGCAGCAACAACAAAAUGUCCAAAAGCACAAACUUUACAAAACCCAUCUCUUUUGCGACGAAUAUACUUGAAGCACGUACAUUUCAGUGCCAUCGACUAUAUGGAAGUUAUUUGUAAUGCUAACCACAAUAUACACAUCUAUGAAUAUUACUUUUAUAUAUAUUCAACUCAUAUCAUUAUGAAGAUUUACGCCUUCAUCGUUCUCACAAAUAUAUUAAUAUACAGCCAUAAAGGUAAAUAUUUCUAAAACUUAACAAAUUUUAAAUAAACAUCAAGGCAGCUAUUUAGAUAUAAGAAUAUCUGUAAAUUGAGUUAGGAUUAAGUAAGGCUUAGUUGAAGAAGUCUAUCGAACACUAAUGUUGAAUAAAUAAUAAAUAUUCUUACGCUAUGGACAAAUUCACAUGCGUACAUCAAGCCCCGUUUUGUUAGUAAAAUAUAUGCGUGCAUACAUUUGUAUUGAUAAAUAGUUUUGAAAUUAUAAAACUAAUAUGUUGAUGUGUUGGUAUUUAUAUAAUUAACAAUAUUUCAAUGAUUUUGCUGAUGCCAGGGAAUUAACUCUAGAAGGAAAAACUUAACACGGAGACUAUGUUAUAAAAUACAAAUAAAUCUUCUCCCGCGUUUUGUUUAUUAAUUUUAUUUACUUUAGAAAUGAAAAUUAACAUAAAAUAGAAAAAAAAAACGGAGUUCUUCGUUUCGAUGAAUGUAUACCACAUACUAGGGUUAUUUUUUUAUAUUUCAUUUCAUACCAAUACUACUGAAGAGAAAAAAGUGAAGAACAUCCCAAUCGCAAGUGUAUGCUCGAAUUUAUGAUAAAUUUCUUUUAAUAGUUUUAAGCCCAAAUACAAGAAUAAUUGUAAAAAAUCAACAAAUGAAUACACUCACAAACUAACUAUGAUAUUAGAUUGUAAUCGAAUAUUAACAAGAACAAAUACUGUAUAUAACCUACAACCGCGUGAGAAAAAACGAAGUUUUGUAAUUAAUCUCAAAACAGCUGUGUAAACUUGAAUUUAAUUUAGCGAAAAGCAAUUAAGGAUUAUACUUCUCUCACAUAGAGCUCGAAAGAUGCAAUCGCAUUACGUUGAAGUAAAAAGCGCCCAACUAAUAUGUAGUAAUAACCCCCUAACAACCUCUUUUCAUAAUAAAUGUGAUAGAAUCCCAGUUUAGUAGUUGAUAAAAUAACAAAUAAUUUAAUUUAGUGUGUACAUUAUCAUGAUCCUAAUAAUGAUCAAAUUUUAGAUUGAAGUAGUACUACUUAUAAUUAACAUUAUUCGAAAAAGUAGUUUAAAACUAAGUGCAUCUUCAAUGCAAGCAAAAAUUCUUUUAGAGCGGAGCAAUGUUGAAGAAAAAAAAUCAAUGAUAUUACUUAUUAUAACAAAUAAGCAUUAAAAUAUAUAUAUACAUACUUAUAUGCUAAGUAGUUACGCAAGUAUUUAAAAAAGCAAUUUCAGUUGGUUAUCAAUCGCCAUGUGGAAUCUUGUUUUUGGGACAUUACAUCUUCUAGACUGGUGUAAACUUAGUGACGUGAUUCGAUUACCUUUCCACUUAUUCGAAAUACGCUGGCGAUUGAUGAUUCAAUAAUUCUGCUGAUAUAUAGAACUAAUUAUAUAUUACUAGGAAAAAUGAAAACCAAGACAAAGAAAACCUCCCGCCAGUAUACUUAUGUAAUAAUUCAAAUGGUGUGAUAACAAAUUAAUAUCCGAUCGGUAUAUAAUUCACUUUCAUUUCAUCAUCCUACGUCCUUUUCUAAGCUGUUAAGAUUGAUUACAUUUUUAUACUUUUUUACAUUUCGAAAGGAAUAAAAGAGAUAGAAAAUAGCAAUGAUGCAGUACUAGCAGGCAUUGCUGCAUGCAGAGUGUGUGCGAUGACAUCCAAGUAGCAAAUAUAUGUAUAGAUAUGUAACUAACCAAUAAAAAAAAAUUUCAUCAGGGAUAUAUAAUGGCGGAUCUUAAUGAAAAUGAUAAAAUCAAUCCAUUGAAAUGUAACAAAAAUAAAUCAGGAUUAUGUAAAUCUUUUGAAAUUUGAGUUUAACACAAACACACGUUUGGUUUCGCAUAAGUUGCAAACGGAUCGAGAUGAAAACCAAAAUAUCAAAAUCAAUUCAAAAGCUCAGCUUGGCUUUAGUUUCAUAGAUUAUUGAUAAACAAAGACAGCAGAAUAUAAAUACAUGUCUCAGACAAAGCCGCCCAAAGGCCUUCACAAAACACUAAAACCUAACAAAACACAGCAAAAGAAAGUAAUCGAAUACAUCUAAUAUAAAUCACGUAAUUAAGAACGUAUGUAGCUUAUGAAUAUUCACCCCCGAAUACAUGAAAUAUACCAUAAAUAGUUAAAUAGAACUGUUGGUUCUUAUUCAAUUCAACAUUUGUAAGACCCCAAAACAAGCCAGUAUCGGAAAAAUAUGAAGAAAAAUAGCAUUAUGCAAUAUAUACCAACAUAUAUACAUUAUACAUAAAAUCCAGAGUCGGUGUCUAUGUUAUUAAAAAUAGAAAAUGUUGACAUAAUACUUUGAACAUUAUUAAUUAAAAGGAUUCUUUAUACCACACGCGAGCCGUAAAAUGGCUAAAAAUUACAAACUCACAAAACAACCUAAUUCACAAUAACCAUUUAAGAAAAAGCUCUCAGUGUCUCAGCAUGCAAAAUUGAAACCUCAAACACAAUCUUACAAUAGUAGAGUUGCUUAAAAAUACACAGCUUGUCAGGAAUUCUCUUCACCAUCCAGCUAAAGAUAAGUAUAUAACCUUUAUGCAUUCAGACAGCCAUAGGAAAAAUUCAAAAAAAAAAUGUCCAUGGUACGUUGUUACAGGUAGAGCAUAGGAAAGGAGACCCCCAACCAAUACUUUUGGAUAGGAGAUCGAAGUGAAAGGAUAUUUUCGUGUCUAUUCUUUUAUUAAUAAUAAAACCAAUAGGCCAUUGUUUGCUUAAUCUCCCUCUAAUAACAUAUCUAAAACAUGAUUUAAUAUAUUGAUUCAAUUUUAGGCUAUACACUAAACUUAAUUUCCAAUCAAAUACUGUAAGUUUAAAUAAUUUGGUUAAGCCACUACAUUUUUGGGUAAAUAAAUUAUUAGGAAUUCUGGUAAGACUGAAGGCAGAUUAUAGGAUUAUUUCUGGCUACAAUUUUGUCUGAAUGCUUUGGUCUUAAGUUAA